UUCUGUACGCGAUCUCUUUCACUGACUUUCAAUUUCGAAUAUUUUCACCUAAAAUCACUAUAAAAUCCUUCUCCAUUUGUCGCAUUUUGGUUUUUUGUGGGUCUUUUGGGGCUCUCUCGCGGAGCUCCGAACGGUUCAGGAAAUAUUUGAGCUGAAAAUUAUACAGUAGGUUCAGUUCAGAUUCAUGGAGUUUAUUAAUUGAAGUAUUUUGUAAUAAUUUUCGAUAACUGAUUUCUGUUUCUCACUCCAAAGUUACUGCUUUUGGAAUUUGUCAUUCUCCUAUUUUUUAAGGUUUAUGGCUGGAUCAUGGAAUUCAUAACUCUGGCCACUGAUGUGAAAUGAUAAAUUUUUCAAUCUAUUAUUGGGAUCCUUUUAACAAAAUUGCUUGCCACUUCAUAAAUACAUAAAAUACAAAAUAUGCCUUCAUGGUGGGGAAAAUCGUCAUCAAAAGAAACCAAGAAGAAAGCAAGUAAGGAAAGUUUUAUCGAUACAUUGCACCGAAAAUUUAGAAUUCCAUCUGAAGGUAAAGUAAGCAUUAGAUCUGGAGGAACUCGUAGACAUUGCAAUGACACAAUUUCAGAGAAGGGGGAUUGUUCUCCUGCUGAAUCAAGAUCUCCAUCACCUUCCAAAGUGGCAAGGUGCCAAAGUUUUGCUGAAAGGCCUCAUGCUCAGCCACUUCCACUUCCUGGUCUGCACCCUUCAAAUGUAGGCCGAGUAGAUUCUGAAAUUAGUAUAUCAUCAAAAUCGAGACUGGAAAAGGGCUCCAAGCCAUCAUUGUUUCUUCCGCUUCCAAAACCUGGAUGCAUACGUAGUAGGCCUAACCCUGCAGAGUUGGAUGGAGAUAUGGUCACUGCUUCAGGCUUUAGUGAUUGCUCAGCUGAUAGUGAUGAGCCGGCAGACUCACAUAAUCGUAGUCCUCUGGCAACUGACUCUGAGACAGGGACUAGAACUGCUGCUGGUAGUCCUUCCAGCUUGAUACUCAAGAAUCAAUCAUCUGCUUUUUCCCAACCGAAUUCAAGAGAAGUCAAAACACCGGCAAACAUUUUAAGUAAUCAUGUGUCUUCUACUUCACCAAAACGGAGGCCUUUACGCAAUCAUGUUCCAAAUCUGCAGGUUCCUCCCCAUGGUGCCUUCUAUAGUGCUCCUGACAGUUCCUUGUCAAGUCCAUCAAAAAGUCCAUUGAGAGCAUUUGGCACAGAUCAAGUGUUGAACUCUGCUUUUUGGGCUGCAAAACCAUAUUCAGAGGUCAAUUUAGCUGGAUCUGGGCACUGCUCUAGUCCAGGUUCUGGUCACAAUUCUGGGCAUAAUUCAAUGGGAGGGGACAUGUCAGGACAGUUAUUUUGGCAACCAAGCAGGGGUAGCCCUGAGUAUUCUCCAGUACCUAGUCCCAGAAUGACUAGCCCUGGUCCAAGCUCUAGAAUUCAGAGUGGAGCUGUCACACCUAUUCAUCCUAGAGCUGGGGGAACACCCACUGAAACACAGACAGGAUGGGUUGAUGAUGGAAAACAACAGAGUCAUCGUUUACCCCUUCCUCCUUUGACAGUUACCAAUUCCUCUCCUUUCUCUCAUUCUAAUUCUGCGGCAACAUCUCCGUCUAUGCCAAGAAGUCCAGCUAGAGCAGAUAAUCCAACGAGUUCUGGCUCACGUUGGAAAAAAGGAAAGCUGCUUGGCAGAGGCACAUUUGGACAUGUCUAUCUUGGCUUCAAUAGUGAAAGUGGUGAAAUGUGUGCAAUGAAGGAAGUUACACUGCUUUCAGAUGAUGCCAAGUCUAUGGAAAGUGCUAAGCAAUUAAUGCAGGAAGUUCAUUUAUUAAGCCGUUUACGGCAUCCAAAUAUCGUGCAGUAUUAUGGUUCUGACACAGUAGAUGACAAACUUUACAUAUACCUCGAGUAUGUAUCUGGAGGCUCCAUACAUAAACUUCUUCAAGAAUAUGGGCAAUUUGGUGAACUAGCUAUUCGUUCUUAUACUCAACAGAUUUUGUCAGGGCUUGCUUAUUUACAUGCUAAAAAUACUCUCCACAGGGACAUCAAAGGAGCAAAUAUACUGGUAGAUCCAAAUGGUCGGGUCAAGUUGGUAGACUUUGGCAUGGCAAAACAUAUUUCAGGGAAAUCAUGUCCAUUAUCAUUCAAGGGAAGCCCUUAUUGGAUGGCACCUGAGGUUAUAAAGAACUCUAACGGAUGCAACCUUGCUGUGGAUAUAUGGAGUCUUGGAUGUACAGUUUUAGAAAUGGCUACAACUGAGCCUCCUUGGUAUCAGUAUGAAGGGGUUGCUGCCAUGUUCAAGAUUGGUAAUAGCAAGGAACUACCACAAAUCCCAGAUCACCUCUCAAACGAGGGAAAAGAUUUUGUUAGGAAAUGUCUACAACGUAAUCCACAUGAUCGCCCUUCAGCCAGUGAAUUAUUGGACCAUCCUUUUGUAAAAUGUGCUGCACCUUUGGAAAGACCCAUAUUUCCUGAAGCUUCGGACCCUGUUUCUGAGAUUACACAUGGAGUAAAAGCUCUGGGCAUUGGACAAGGAAGGAAUCUUUCUAACUUGGAUUCAGAUAGACUUUCUGUUCAUUCUUCUAGGGUUUUGAAAACUAAUCCUCACGAAAGUGAAAUGCAUAUUCCAAGGAAUAUAUCUUGCCCUGUAUCUCCCAUUGGAAGCCCACUUUUGAGGUCAAUAUCUCCACAGCACAUGAAUGGGAGACUGUCUCCUUCUCCAAUAUCUAGCCCUCGGACUGCUUCUGGUGCAUCCACGCCUCUCACUGGUGGCAGUGGUGCCAUUCCAUUUAGUAAUCACUUUAAACAGUCAGUUUACUUUCAAGAGGGUCUUGGAAACAUGCCAUGGUCCUCAAAUGGUGUGUACAUUAAUGGCCCUGCUCAUCAUGACUCAAAUGGCAUUGACAUUUUUCGAGGUAUGCAAAUGGGGUCUCACAUUACAUCAGAACUGGCUUCCAGUGAAAAUGAUGUUCUGGGUAAGCAGUUUGCAAGGCAUCCUCAUGCAGAGUCAUAUGAUUUUCAGUCAGUCUUGGCUGAUCGUGUCGGCCGGCAGCUUCUGGGGGAUCAUGUUAAGAUUAACCCAACCCUUGAUCUAAGUCCAAAAUCAUCUUUGCUCAGCCGGGCAAAUGGUUUAUGACCUCAGGGAUUUUUCCUGGGCCAUUUAUCUGAGCAUUACUUGAAGUUUCUCAGAAUACCUUGGGUUUUGUUCUAUUUACAAGGAUAUAGUUAUACAAAAUGGAGGCAAAGCACUAGAGAAUCAAUGUAAAUAAAAUUGCACGGGGCACAAAAGUGCAUUUCAAUGGCUUCAGGCUCAGGCUUGUGGAGUUCAAUCCUUACAUGAAACUUUCUGACGUCUGAUUUGUCCAUAUAAAGUUAUCAACUCACGCAAAUGCUCACUUGUUGGCCAAUAGGAACUUCUUCUUGUAUGUAACUUAUUUUAAGAUGCUGCAUCAACGCAUGAGAAGCCAGGAGCUUAGAUUUCUCUCCUGCCCUUAAGAUACUUGAAAUGAGAGUGUUCAUGCAAUAACAAAUGCAUCUUUUGGAACACCAUAUAGAUGCCAAAAAAGAAGAAGUUAAAUUGAUACAAAUAUUGUUGACUAUUUUUUGGGAGGUCAGACAUUGUUGUACAGAAGAUGGGAAACUGUAUUGUUAUUGUGCAUUUAUUAAUGGGAAAGUCAAGGAUUUAUAAAAGAGUUCAUGCAUCUCAUGUUUAAUUGUGGGGCUCAGUUGUAUUACUGUCAUUAUGUACUACUACCACUACCACUACCGGAUCUGUUCUGUACAUUAUUAUUAUUCACAGUAAAA